AUUUUGUGGGCCCUGCCAUCGGAGUGACCAUAGGAGUUGGACUCACUACGGCUGUGAUGCCAGCAGCUCUGUAUGUUCUGGGCUUCACCAAAGCAGGAAUUGCAGCUGGAUCCAUGGCCGCCAGAAUGAUGUCUGUAGUUGCCAUGGCCAAUGGUGGGCAGGUGGCUGCCGGAAGCCUG